CUUUCAAAUUUCAGUUUUAUAUAUUAAGGAUACAUGUAAAUAUAUAAUGUCAGCAGCUGAUGAAGACACUGAAUUACGUGAUUUACUUGUGCAAACAUUGGAUAAAAACGGUGUUCUUGGUAAAAUCAAAGCUGAAUUACGAGCAAGUAUAUUUUUAGCUUUAGAGGCACAAGAACAAAAUAAGACUCCGAAUCCUUUGAAAAAUACAAAUCUUCAAAAAUUUGUACUAAACGAUGACGGAAAAGCAUGUAUUGGUAUAAUUAAUCAAUUUUUAGAAUAUUUUCAUCUUGAUUACACAAGUGCAGUCUUUGAACCAGAGACAAAUAUUUCAAAAGAUUUAAUCCCAGAUGAAAAUAAAGUUCGUGAUGUUUUACAUUUGGGACCAAGCGUGGAUAGAGAACCAUUGCUAGCACAAAUGGUGAACAAUUUAAAAGAGAAAAAAUCAUCGACACCACAGGGACUUGACAAUCAUCAGAUACAGUUUCUUAGAACAAAAUUUGAUACUUUUGAUCCUGAUCAUUCGGGUUUAAUUAGCCAGAAAGACGUCACAUCAGUUGUCAGUCUUGCUUGCCCACUUUUUCAUCCUUCUAUUUUGGAAAAAUUUGUGGCUGAGGAAUUCAGGAAUAAAUAUUCUUCAAAUGUGACUUUUGAUGGUUUCAUGAGUGUGUUUCAAAAAUUAUAUGAAAUGUGUAGCUCAAUUACAAUGGUCGGUAAUCAAAUAAGACCAAAUUCUUUACCUACUAGAGUAAAAUCACCUGAAAAAAGAUCAUCGUCUGAAGAAUUCUAUAUGAAGCAGCCAUCUUUUCAUCAAGUACCAACUUCACCAAUUCCUAUGUCUGAUCCUGAACCAGCGAGAACCUCCGGUGCUGAUCAUGAUUCUGGCGGUUUACCUUCAGCCUAUUUAAUGCCAACCAAUAUGGCACCACACGAUGGCAGCAAUAGUAUGGAUGUGAGAUAUGAUAAUGAUUUAGAUUUACAAUCUAGAAAAAGGGAUCCUAUUGAUUUAAAUAUAGAUGGUACUCGGGGUAGAGGUGAUUUACCUGAGGGUUACACAGAUACUCCAGCUAUGAGUCCAGAAUCCAGCAGGACAAGUGAUGUUUGGCCAAACAAGAAACAAAAAACAGACGAACCUUCAAGUCAUCAACAAUAUGAAGAUGACUUCAACAGUGAACAAAGCAUUUCUGAAGAUAUUCAAGACAUGGGAGAUGAUUUACUUCAAAGUAGUGAAAAAGACGAAAGCCUGGAUUUGACAGAGGAUCGAACAGUAUCAGAGAUUCCUCAUGCUGAUUACAUGGAAGAUAUAAGGCACGGUUGAUGAUGAUUGUAGUAUUGAUUUUGUAUUUUGUACAAAAUAAAUGAUAAAUUUCAAUGGAAAAAGAAAAUUUAUAAUAUGGGGUUGUGAAUGUGAUUGUACUCGGAGUGACUAUCGAUGAAAAAUAGGCUUCAAAGUUCAAAGAAUUUAUAUUGGUCUUUGUUUAAAGAAUGUUUUCAAGCACAACAUGCAACAACCACGAUUGAGUACUGUUAUUUUUACUUGAUAUACAAGUUGAAGGAUGCUCAUUAAAAUUUUCAUAUAUCUAGUCUGAAUUAUGCUCCUACCAAGUUAAUAGAAAUGUGUAACCUCAAUAAAACAUUUAUCAUUUGUUAUUAUGUCAAUAAAAACAUUCUGUUCCUCAAUUCCUAGAAUAUUCUAGUAGUGUUUGAGUUUGAAUUAUAAAACAACGAAAAAUUUCUCUCAAAUACCAUGAUUAUGUACCUGACUUUUGAUACAUACAUGAAAGCGAUACUUUUUGGUAAAAAGUAGGUAGUACAUUUAGUGAUGUUAAAGAUAAAUCAGAUAUUUAAAAUCAAUGCAUUAAAUGCCUGAUUUUAAAAAUUGCAUAAAAAAAAUUUUACUGGAAAAAAUAUAUUUGUGCCUUUGCCGAUCAAUUUUUAGUCUAAAAUCAAUUUUAUUGAAUCCUAUCUCAACCAGAGUGUACUAUAUUAGGUAGGCAAUGAUGAACCAAAAAUGUUCUGGUCCUUCCAAACUAUAAUACCUCCUCACCCACCGGGGCUUCUUGUACAGAGCCUUGCUUGAUUGGAAGGAAUAUAAAUAUCCGUCAUAAAAAAAAACUAAGAAAUCAAUCCAAACGAGCUUAUCUCAAAAUUUACUGCACUGUAAAUAAAUAUUAGUCUUUACCGAUGUAAUACGGGUAGGUGUUAUUCAAAUUUCUCAGUUAAGGGUUGAGAUAGUAGUAGGGUAAUAAAUUUUUGGCCUCCAUAUUCAAACUAUGUUAUAUGAUAUUUGAUAUCAUUGCUAUAAUAUAAAUUACGGUAAUUGUUCUAACAUUUUAUUUUUAUUAUGAAUAUUUUUAAUUUUGGAAUAUUUCCAUAGAAAACUAAGUUUUAAUUGAAAUUAACCAUAAUGGCUGCUCUUAAACAGACUCGACUCGUUUUUUCACAUCAGUUUGUUUAAAUCUAGAUCAAGAACAAUACCUUUAUAUAACAGAAAAUAAGUGGUUUUCGAAUAGAUGGAAUUAUAUUUAGUUUUGAGUAGGUUUUUUCAAACAUGACAUGUAUUGGACAACAUUUACU